AUGAGCGGCAGCGGUGGCGCCGCCCGGAGCCCCGCGGCGGGGACGCGGCCGCUGGCGACGCGGCUGCUGGCCCUGCUCAGCUGCGUCCUCACGGCGGAGGCCCAGCUCACAGGAGUCCUAGAUGACUGCUUAUGCGACAUAGAAAGCAUCGAUGACUUCAAUACUUUCAAGAUCUUCCCAAAAAUACAAAAACUGCAAGAGCGUGAUUACUUCAGAUAUUACAAGGUCAAUCUAAAGAGACCUUGCCCAUUCUGGGCUGAUGAUGGCCAUUGCUCUAUCAAAGACUGUCAUGUGGAGCCUUGUCCAGAGAGCAAAGUACCUGUUGGAAUUAAAGCUGGAAGCUCUAAUAAAUAUUCAAAAGCAGCAAAUAAUUCCAAAGAAUUGGAAGACUGUGAGCAAGCUAACAAACUAGGAGCAGUUAACAGUACCCUAAGUAACCAAAGUAAGGAGGCUUUCAUUGACUGGGCAAGAUACGAUGAUUCACAGGAUCAUUUUUGUGAACUCGAUGAUGAGAGAUCCCCAGAUGCCCAGUAUGUGGAUUUGCUGCUGAACCCUGAACGUUACACUGGAUACAAAGGGCCCUCUGCAUGGAGAGUGUGGAACAGCAUUUAUGAAGAAAACUGCUUCAAGCCUCGAUCUGUCUAUCGUCCUUUAAAUCCACUGGCGCCUAGUAGGGGUGGAGAUGAUGGAGAAUCUUUCUACACAUGGCUAGAAGGUCUUUGCCUUGAGAAAAGAGUGUUCUAUAAACUCAUUUCUGGACUUCAUGCUAGCAUCAACUUGCAUCUAUGUGCAAAUUAUCUUCUUGAAGAAACCUGGGGGAAACCUCGCUGGGGACCAAACGUAAAAGAGUUCACUCGCCGCUUCGACCCUAUCGAAACAAAAGGAGAAGGACCAAGGAGGCUCAAAAACCUGUAUUUUCUGUAUUUGAUAGAGCUGCGGGCUUUAUCAAAGGUUGCACCGUACUUUGAGCGUUCAGUUGUUGACCUUUACACUGGAAAUGGUCAUGAGGAUGCUGAAUCUAAAGCUCUCUUACUAGAUAUCUUCAGGGAUACAAAGUCCUUCCGUAUGCACUUUGAUGAAAAGUCCAUGUUUGCUGGAGAUAAAAAAGGAGCCAAGUCAUUAAAGGAAGAAUUUAGAUUGCAUUUCAAGAACAUAUCCCGCAUUAUGGAUUGUGUUGGAUGUGAUAAAUGCAGAUUGUGGGGCAAGCUUCAGACUCAAGGCUUAGGAACUGCUCUGAAGAUUUUAUUUUCUGAAAAAGAAAUACAGAGCCUUCCUGAGAAUAGUCCAUCAAAAGGUUUUCAACUCACACGUCAAGAAAUAGUUGCUCUUAUAAAUGCCUUUGGAAGGCUUUCCACAAGUAUAAAAGARUUGCAGAAUUUUAAAGUUUUAUUACAACAGACUAGGUAAUGAAGGCCUUUGCACAACCCAUUAGUGAAGAUCAUUUGCAUGAUUGCAUUGAGCAGAAGGAGCUGAUCCUUACAGGACUCUAUGAACUGAUCAAAAGUAAAAUCAAAUACCAACUUGAAUAUUUAUGUUUGAACUAGGAAUGGCUAUUAGAAAAGAUAUUUAUGAAUGAAGUAUAUAGUUUUUAAACAUGUAAAUUAUGCUGAUCUGUUUAUUUUGUAAGUUCUCUGCUCACAAUUCUGUUGUAUUGACACUUCCUAAAUUUUCUUUAUUUCCUGACUUGUUUUUUUUCCAAAAUGACUGUAUGAAAUGACUGUACCUCCAUCCUGGCUUGGCCUUUCCUGUUCUUUCCUGCCUCAGGUUCAGGACUGAACUUCACUGUAUUCUGAGUACUCUGAGUCYUGGGUACUCUGAUUCUGACUCUGUAAAAGAAAAACUGCAAAAGGAAGUAACGCUUGUCGUGUUGUGACUCCUUGUUGUAAUUCUGAAACUUACUUAAAAAUAGGAAAGCUAUUGAGUGGAAAACGUUAUUUCACACGGAGCUCCCUUGCAUUGUGCUGAUACCAAUAUUUUUUCCGUACCUGGUGCUUUUAAAAGGUUCCCUUUCCCUUUACAGCAGCUGUCUUCUCGGAUGCAGUGUCGUUGCAGGUGGCUUCUCUGCAGCCCCUUACCCAGUCCCUGCGUUCCCUUGUGCAGGGGAGGGGGUGGUUAGUGGCGGGCUGCUGGCAGCAAGGCCUCGCUCGGCCGGCCCUGCCUCCAGCCCCYUUUAUCUUCUUCCAAACUGUAAUUACAAGUUCAGUUUCCAGAAAYUGUCCUCCUAAUGUUUAAAAUGUUAGAAUAGCACAUUUUUC